UCGACAUGGAUUUCUCUUUGAGGGUCCUCGUUUUAUCCUGGCUUUGCCUGGAGACUUUAGGGGACUUCGACGGAAGGUGGCCCAGGCAGAUCCAUUCCACAACUGGAUUGUGUCGUUUUGGGAGCAGAGUGGAUUGCUGUUGGGGCUGGGCUCGCCACGCCUGGGGCCACUGCCAACCUUUCUACAUCUUAAGGCAGAGAAUAGCCAGGAUAAGGUGCCAACCCAAAGCUGUUUGUCAACCUGGAUGUAAGCAUGGAGAAUGUAUCGGUCCAAACAAAUGCAAAUGUCAUCCAGGAUACACUGGGAAAAUAUGCAACCAAGAUCUCAAUGAAUGUGGAUUGAAACCAAGGCCUUGCAAACAUCGAUGUAUGAAUACCUAUGGAAGCUACAAAUGUUAUUGCUUGAAUGGGUACAUGCUUAUGCCUGACGGAUCGUGUUCUAAUGCUCUCACAUGUUCAAUGGCAAACUGUCAAUAUGGCUGUGAUGUGGUCAAGGGGGAAAUACAUUGUCGUUGUCCUUCACCAGGGUUACAGCUGGCACCAGAUGGCAGAACAUGCAUUGAUGUGGAUGAAUGCAUCACUGGGAGUGUUACCUGUCCCCGAUUCAGAAAAUGUGUCAACACUUUUGGAAGUUAUAUUUGCAAGUGUCAUAAAGGCUUUGAUUUGAUGUACAUUGGAGGCAGAUACCAAUGCCAUGAUAUAGAUGAGUGCUCUCUUGGCCAAUAUCAGUGUGGAGGUUAUUCCCAGUGUUACAAUACACUAGGGUCUUACAAAUGUAAAUGCAAAGAAGAGUACAGAGGUGAUGGAUUAAACUGCAUAAGGAUUCCUAAAGUUAUGAUUGAUCCAUCUAACCCCUAUAGUGUAUUUAAAAGCAAUUCAACUUUUCUGAAAGGAAGCAAUGGCAUGACCAACAGAAUACCUGAAUAUGGUGGUACAAAAUAUCCCAUCCAAUUCCCAUAUAUACCAUAUGUAAUUACACCAAAGUCUUAUGUGAAGACAACAGCAAGACCAACUGUGAAACCAACAUACAAACCAUAUACCAGAUUGCCAACACAACCUGCCACGACAAGACCAGCUUUCAGGCCAGUGACAAGAUUUCCACCAGUGACAAGUCCUCCCCAACAACCCAGAGUUCCAUUUAAGCCUGUAACAACAACAAUGCCACAAGUAGUAACUGAGGAGCAUCUGCCUUUUCCUACUGAAACUACACCCCAACCGGGACUUACGGUUGACAAUAGGAUCCCAAUUGAGCCACAGAAACCCCGAGGAGAUGUGUUUAUUCCCCGCCAGCCUGGAGUGAGCAAUCAUCUCUUAGAAACAUUUGAAAUUGAACAAGGGAUAAGUGCCAGUGAGGCUGAAGCAAAUGAUGACCCAGGUGUUCUGAUUCAUAGUUGCAACUUUGAUGGUGGUUUGUGUGGAUGGAUCAAAGAAAGAAAUGAUGAUUUACACUGGGAACCUGUUAAAGACUCCUCAGGCGGACAAUAUUUAUCUAUUUCUCAACCCAAAGGAAAGGCAGGUCGAUUUGCCCGCUUGGUUCUCCCACUAGGCCAUUUAGCUCGCUCCGAAGAUCUGUGCUUAUCUUUUCGGCAUAAAGUAUCUGGAUUACACUCUGGUUUGCUUCAAGUCUUUCUAAGAAAGGCUGGUAUUCAUGGGCCAGCAAUUUGGGGAAGGAACAGAGGUCAUGGUUGGAGUCAGACGCAUAUAACACUGAAAGGACCUGGCAUCAAAAGCGUUAUUUUUAAAGGAGAAAAAGGAAAAGGAAGGACUGGGGAAAUUGGGUUGGAUGAUAUAAGUUUGAAAAAAGGCCGAUGUUCUCAGGACCAUUAGUGGUACAGAUGGAUGAAGAAAACAGACUUUGGUUGUCCAUGCCUAUUAUAUGAGACACAUGGAUGAUUUCUCCUUUGUGUUUGUGAAAUCACAGUGGAUCUCCAUAUAAAUAAUUCACAUUUUCUAUAAUAUAUAUCUGUCCUUUAUGAAGAAAAGACUGUCUAAAUGUGCUCAAAAAGAAUCAACAACUGAAUCCAUGUCUUCUUCGUGUUUUCCACUGGCUGGUUAUGGGUCAUUUUGUGUCAAAAGCUGAAGAUACACCCAUUAUUAUUGUACUGCAUCAAUUUUUAAAGUAGAGUCUUUUGAUUGUCUCUGUGUGUAUAAAUAACAUUUAUCCCAUUAUCUUAUUGCAAAACGCAGUUAAAGAGUAGCACUACAACCCUUAAUAUAGGUAGUGCUGUGUUCUGUAUAAAUAUGUAUUAUUAUUAUUAUUAUUGUUGUUAAUGUAUUUAUAUAAGUUGUAUAUUUGCAAAUUCUAGUUGUAAGAGGAAAUAACAUUUGUGCACGUUACAGUUAAACCAGCAAAACAAUAGCAAGUUCUUUUUAAAAUAUAUAACACCCGGCAAUGGUCCUUGCCUGUCUAAACUCAAACAGUAGAAUAUUUUACAUGAUUGCAAAAAUGAAUAUAAUGUAAGCAUUACCAGAUUCAGGAGAAUUAGACAUCAGCAGUUCUUUUCUGAAAAGAAAAGCAUUCAUGACUGGCGUCAGCAGCACAAACUUGGCUUUGAUGGAUUUUAAUAUUUUUAAUAUAUUCAAGGAAAGUUUGGCAGAUCGGUGUUUUUCCUC